UCGACGCAUUUUGCUACGCUGACGUUCGUAAACUUUGCGUUCUGCGAGGGUGUUUAUCGUGCGACACAAUUUACGCAAAAAGAAACCGGAACCACACACAACAUUUAUCUGAUCAGCUUAGCAGCAUUCCCUCGUGUAGUUAGGUGACACGUGCAGGAAAUGCCAUCGGAGGCAUCGAUCCGGUAAAAAUGAGCCGCAAGGAUGACAUGUUCGUGACGACACCCCAGGAGCGGCAGCGAAAAAAGUUACGCUUUCGGGGUGACCUGGCCGCACAGUAUGGCUUCAAUCGCGAUUCCGUCGGUUCCGGUUUGAAUGGAACGUCUGGCAUCAAUCGCGUUGAGGAAGUUUCUUCCGAUGACGAUACGAAACGGCUACUGAAUGGAGAACCGGCUGAAGGGCGACCGGAACGUGGCAGCCUGUACGAUUUCGUGCGCAUAGAACUCACCAGAGGCUAUGUGCUGGAACACGACGAGGAGCGCUAUUCGGCACGGCGUGAGAAAAUAUACUCCUUCUUCAAGAUACCGCGCGAGCUGGAAAGCUUCAUGCUGUACGGGGUGCUCCAGUGUGCCGACUCGUUCCUGUACAUCUACACCUUCCUGCCGAUACGGUACCUGCUGGCCCUGUGGGCCCUGAUCACGCGCCCACUCGCCCGCUGUCUCGGGCUGCGGCGACCCUCCCAGCGGUUGCUAGCACCGGCCGAAAUUUGUGACCUGCUGAAAGGCACCAUUUGGAUCAUCUGCAGCUACACGCUGCUGUACGUCGACACGAACAUGCUGUACCACAUGAUCAAGAGCCAGUCGAUCAUAAAGCUGUACAUAUUCUACAACAUGCUCGAGGUGGGCGAUCGGCUGCUGUCCGCGUUCGGGCAGGACACGAUCGACGCACUGUUCUGGACGGCGACCGAACCGAAGCACAGCAAGCGGCAGCAUCUCGGCACGAUACCGCACUUUCUGUUCGCGAUCGUGUACGUGACGAUGCACAGCGUGCUGGUAAUGUUCCAGGCGACCUCGCUCAACGUGGCCAUCAACUCGAACAACAAGGGCCUGCUGACGAUCAUGAUGUCGAACAAUUUCGUCGAGCUGAAGGGUAGCGUGUUUAAAAAGUUCGACAAGAACAACCUCUUCCAGCUGAGCUGCAGCGACGUGCGCGAACGGUUCCAUCUGUCCGUGCUGAUGCUGAUCGUGCUGAUACAGACGAUGAAGGAGUUUAGCUGGAAGUCGGAGCAGUUUUUCGUCAUGUUCCCGGACUGCCUGUACGUGAUGUUCACGGAGUGUCUGGUGGACUGGAUCAAGCACGCGUUCAUCACGCGCUUCAACGAGAUACCGUGCGAGGUGUAUCGGGAGUACACGACGAGCCUGGCGUACGACAUGACGCAAACCCGCCAGAAGCACGCGUUUAGCGAUCACUCCGAUCUGGUUGCCCGCCGGAUGGGUUUCAUACCGUACCCGCUCGGCGUCAUACUGGUGAAAGCGCUCUACCAUGCGCUGUCGUUCGAUAAUGCCGGCUCGAUUGUGAUACUGCUCGUCGCCUUCCUGGCACUGCUGAGCGCCCGCGUACUGAACACCAUUUGUGCUCUCGGGAAGGCGUGCGAUCUGACGCAAAAGCAUCAGGACGAAAAGAACCAGAGUGGAUGCAAUCCGCUUACCUCAACACCGUUGCCAUCAAACGUUCGCGGAGGAGGUACGCGAGCCACGAGCGACACAGCUACCUCACCGAUUCAUCGCGCACAGGCGCAGGUCGGCAGUCAGGCGGCAAGCCUCGUCGCGGGCUCUCCACCGGGUGGAUCGUCCCUGUCACCCUGCACCCCCCAAUCGACGCCGUUGUCGGUGGGCAAAGCAUCGAGCUCGCUGGCCAGCUCGAUCAGCAGCGGCGGCUCGACCGAUGUGCUGCGGAAAACGUCCGGACUUGGGGCUACCGCCCUGUUCUCGAACAGUGACGUCGAUCUGGACGAUGUGAAGCUGAACGAUCAGGUGCUGAACGGUAGCAGCACCGGCACUGGAGAUGCGAGCGGCAACCGUACGCAGAAGGAGGAGGAAGAAAAUGUUGCCCGCAGUGUGCCGGAUUUGCAGCAGGAACCGGGACUGGAGAAAACGCCUGGGCGACAUCAAAACGAAUCGGUCAGCAGUGAGGGUGGGGAGGGAUCUUUGCAUCAUCACCAUCACCAUCAUCAUCACCAUUACGUGCGGACACAUAAGCGGUCGGAAUCGGAACCAUCGAUUCAGCUGGAAGGUGGAGGGUAAGCCAUCAUAGGACGGAGAAGGGGAACCCGAGACGCGGCCACACCUUUUUGUUGAAUUUGUUAGUGUGUGAGUGCGAGUGUGUUUUGUUUUUGUACACGAUUAGAGUAACUUAUUUUGGAUAAACUGCUGAGUUUUAACCAUUAUGGCCGAUCGACAGCGAUCACUUUCGACACGAGAGAGAUAAAAGGUGAACACGGUAAUGCGCUUAGCUUAUAAGGCACACCAAAGGCUGACACACUGCACGUGCAAAUGUGUGUGUUUUUAGUUUAGUGAGGGGUUUCUGUUUCUGAUCAUUCGCAUGCGCGUCCUGUAUAGUUUUGUUAUGCCCUCUUUCGUUGCUGACCGUGGCGGGAGAUGCACCCUCUUUUUUCCUUGAAUUCCGUUUAGCUAGUAGCAGCAGUAAGUGUGAAAUACGAUAAUAAACUGAGGAUAAAUUUAACUUAAA